AUGUUCAAAUUCUUUUCGGUCAUUAGAAAGUUGAGUGGCGGCUCUGCAAAUGUCAAUGCGGGAUUACGCGGGCAGGAGGAGGAGGAAGAGGAAGAGUUAUUGGCGGAAUUUACGAAAUUCCUCACUUUGCCUUCAUGUGAAGGGAUUCGCGUGGAAUUGGAAAAGCUUGAGAGUCAAUGCGAGGUGUCAAACCACUUGCAUCAUCCCCAUUCCCCAGACACCGGCCUUGAAAGGUCUGUGUUGCAUCUUCUUCGGACGGAGUCUUUUCAACCAGCUUUACCGUCACGGCUGGUGGCACUACUGCUGCGACGCCUGGAGUCUUGUUUCACAGGCUCCGAUGAGACAGGAAUUACUGGCUUUUUGCAGGACUCUCUACCCACCCUGCAUGCAUUACUUAUGACAGAUGCGUCAAGGUUUGGGGCAACGAUGUUGGCGCUGGGAAUUGAUAAUCAAUUGUUGCUGGUGCUUCAGUUUGUUCGCGCGAAGUUGAUCAAUAGAACUCUCUCUGGGACGAAGGCGCCGAUGAAUAUUACAGCCACUCAAACAAAGGACCAGGAAGAAAAUUCUUUUGAGACUGAGACAAAUUGCCCUUUAAAUACCACUUCACAACCCUCUCUUGCACGGCGAUGCGUGCUGGUACGUAUUCUUUGUGAAACAUUGCGACUGUUAUUGGCCAUCCAUGUGAGCCCUACGGCCACUGCGGUCAGUGUCACGGGGAUCUCGCACAUUCUGUUAGAGAGGGGAGUGACCCGUUAUCGAACAGACAGCAGCUUCUUGACCUCAUCGGCAGCGCCACGGUUGAUUUCUCCCUCCACCACGGGGGUGACAUUUGGGGGUUGGGGUUCUGGAGAUUCUCUUGCAACAAUUGAUGGCAUGUUAACAGAGUGUGGACAUCUUUUCUUGUACUUCUCAAAGGGUGCAUUGGACUUACACGUACCGGAGGAUGAGGAAGAAGAAGAAGAGGAGGAAGAGGGAGAACUGGUUGCGGAGGCCAUCUGCUCUCUGGUUCUUCUCAUAUCCAAUUUAUAUCAGGAGCCCAGCGAAUUGAUCAUUCACAUCACACUUUCCGGUAUUGGCGUUCAGCUUGCCCGAUUUCUUGUAGCAGAGGAGCCGGGAAAGUCGCUUUUGUUGCUGCGAGAACUAUCUUUUGGUAUGUUGCUUGUCUCGAAAUUUAUGCGGGAGUCUCCUCUGGUGACUGUUCAGGCGAUGAGUUCGGUGUAUUUUUUCGACAAUUUGGUCGGCACGUUACAGAUAUUGGGGCGACAGUACGAGUGUGCACGCAUGGACGAAAGCUACGCGAGUGCACGAGAGGAUGCUCUCAAGGAACUGCUCUCCGUCGCGAAUCUGGAGGCAUUUCGCGUGCGGAAGCUCUCUGAAAAGGUCAUUCAUCUAUCCCGCCCACGCUUUGAAAGGCUUGCGGAGGAUAAUACCGUGGACGAGUUUUUGCAUUGCUAUAUUGGCUUGCUAGAGACACAGCGCUUUGUGAAGUCGAAGAUGGAAGUGCGACGGGAUCCGGCAAUUCUUCGGGUUUUUGCGGAAAUUGAGCUGACACUUAUAAAGGCGUUUCUGGAUAGCCCCACCUCUCUUUCCCCUGCAUCCUGCAUGUACGAGACACUGAUGAAGUACACCAUUGCUUCCCUCCCCUUGCACGAAAUGGGAAAGCCAGAGAAACGGCAUGUUAGUCUCAUAAGACCUUUGAUUAACGCUGGAUUGUACCGCAUUUUGUUUUAUGAGCCAACCUUCAAGUCAUUUCGACAUGAUCCACGCCUGUGCUACGCGGCAGUUUAUCUGUUACACUACAUGCUUAUACACCCCUUGCUUUCAUUGGAGGACCACGUGGAGGACGAGGUGGGUAUCAUUCUGGAUGCAUUUCUUAGCAAUGAGGCGGAGGAACAUUCCCAUGAGUUGCCGGAAAAAACAGCACUCAUGUGCGCGAUUUUGCUCUCCGCCGUCUGCGGUCCCAAUGCGACACAUGUUUUGAACUCCCUCAUGCAGCGAAACGGGAUAGCGAUGUUUGCCGCGAUUAUCACUAGGUCUAGUAUUUCAGAUAGCCGUAAACAAGAAAAAGAGGGUGGUGGCAGUAGUGGCGGUGUUAUUGUUGGUGAAUGGGUGACAUAUCUUCUUACGCAGCUAUUACGUCAGCCCGAGGUGCAGCGGAGUGUGCUGGUAGAUCAAGCCGACGUUGCAUUCUCGCUUCUUAGCGUAAGAGGCAUCCGAAAAAAUGUGGAGCAGAUGGUGGUGUCACUUCUUUCCCAUCGCUGCGUUGAGGCCGAGUAUUCACAGAGGAUGACGCCGCUGGUAAAAUGCACCUGGGAGUUUGUUAGUCAAUGUAUGAAAAUACAGCAAGGGGAACCCUUUAUCGCCACACUCAUUGAAGCGGAUGAUGAGGAUUCACUUUUGCUUUCCAUAUUAUACUGUAUUCGUGCGUCCAUUCGUGCUCUCGCUGCAGACCUGCCAUGUUGGGGCUCGGUGCGGCAACUACAAAGUGUGCUGUGUGGAAGUGUCACUGACGCCCCAGACCCGUUUCUUUGCCUUCUGCAUCGAGUAGUCCUGCCGUGGCAUGGGGUGCGAGCAUCACACGGUCUGUCGUCUAUUCUGCACACAAUUACCAUGCUUGUGCAGGGAAAUCCAGCGUUGCGCGUCCGUCUCUUUCAGACCAUGGACGCAGAACACCUGGUGACGUGUUUUCAGAGCGCAUGGUUUUCUUCACGUGGGGGGUCGUGGCUGCAGUUUGUUCACAGCAUUCUUGCGCUUGUCUACGAGGAGGAAGGUGAGUUACGGGAGGGGGAUAGGCCACCGAAGUCGAAAAAAAAAUCUGGCGCCGCAACUUUACUGGCGGAUGUUAGAGAAGAUACCGUCAUACAAAAUCCCGAGUUGCUGUUGCCAUUGUUGCGUAUAUUUUUAAAGCUGACGGAAUUUAGUACGAAGCACCGGGACGCGUUAGAAUAUCUUUUGGCUCGUCUAUUGCGGACAUUGAAAGCUUCGCUUGUCUCCUUGUGGAUGCUCGCCAAUGCGGGACUUUUUGAAGUAUUAACAGCGUUGAUUCCCGUUGUCACAGGCACCGCUCUCCUUGAAAUGGUGCUUGCGCUCAUCAUGAAUAUCACGAGCCAUCACAUUGGUGUCCGUGAAACAAAGCAAUUUUUGAUGGGAAUUGCCCACACGCAAAGUGAGGAGGAGCGGCGGAGGCUUGUUCCCAUCGUCAUUGAGGUGUUAAGUGUCUCUUCCUACAUGUUUUUAAAUCAACAGACGGAACGGCAGAAUUAUAUCGCCUUCCGCGAGUUUAGUGGACAAACGGGGGUCAAAGCGAUUUUGUCGGAAUUCCCACAGGACGGGUACACCGUGUGUAUGUGGUUGCGUAUGGAACGUCGUGAGGAUGGGCGUAUGCCGCAGUGUAUUUUUUCUCUGCAAAACAUGGAGAAGCGAACGAUAUUAGAGCUUGUUGCCACGGCCCAUGGUCUUUCUGUUAUAUUUCUAAAUGAACAGAGGAGAACAUUGGAUUUGGAUCUGAGUUGCAGUAUUCCAUCACAGACAUGGACACAGUUGACGGUUGUUCACCGGCAGGCGGCAUUCCCAUUUAGCGGCAACGAAUUUUUAUGCUUUCUCAAUGGUAUGGAGGUUGCUGCGGUUUCCGGUGUUCAAUACCCACCAAUCUCCCUUGGCUUUUUUUACAUUGGGACACGUGGCGAGGAUGUGGAACAACGCUCCUCUCGAAGAUCCUUCAUUGGGCAAAUGACGGCGGUGUAUUUUCUCAUGCGCGCACUAACGCCAAAGGAAGUAAUGGAGUUUUUUGUGGGAGAUACGGGCGUGACGAGCAUGAAGCAAUACGCCACUCAUAUUGCCGUGUACAUUGAUCCCCGAUUUUGCGAGCGUGGUCAAGUCCACAAUUUGGCGACGUUGAUGCGUGGGAAAGCGUCGGAGUUGCCUCUGAUCACAUACGAGGGUACCGUCGCGUGCAAUACAAACAGUAUUAUUGAUUCCAUCUGUGUGCUUGGCGCGUUGCAUACGGUGGUGGUGCCACUGUUGGUUCUCCUGGUGAAUCCGCAGCUGCCGUUUCAGUGCCGUAUUCCGCCGGCAAAACGCAAGUCUGUCCGGAGACC